GCGCAUCGAAAACGUAGUAGUAGCCAUCUUUCGGUAAUGUCUCUAACGCCGGACGAUCCUUGAGAAAAGGGUCUGUCGUGAAAAGUUUUUUGGAAAAUCAGAAAAAUGGCUUGUUCGGCAGUACGAGUUCCAAUUUUGCGUAAUCCAUCAGUACGAAAUUAUGCGGCUGCUGCAAAAGCUGCUCAAGUGUCAUCUCCAUCAUCAGAUCAUCAAGUCUUAGCCAAUAAAAUUACCUGUGCUGCACUUGACAACAAUAGUCCAAUCGCUCAAGUGUCAAUAGUUUUUAAAGCUGGUUCUCGAAAUGAGACAUACGAAACUCAGGGUAUUACUCAUCUUAUACGAUUAGCAGCUGGAUUGACCACAUCUCGAUCAUCAACUUUUGGUAUCAUACGAAAUAUUCAACAGCUUGGUGGAAAUUUAUUUGCAGCAGCAGAUCGAGAAUCGAUUGCUUAUACUCUCCAAGUAACUCGGAAUAAUCUGGAAAAGGCAUUUAUGUUCUUAGAAGAUACAGCAACACGUCAAGUAUUCAAACCAUGGGAGAUUUCUGAUAUGGAGCCACGAAUUCGUUAUGAUCGUGGAUUAGCUUCUAAUCAAACUAGACUUAUUGAAUAUUUACAUAAAGCUGCUUAUCGCACAGGGUUAGGUUAUUCUUUAAUCAUACCUAAACGACAAAUUGGAAAAUUUUCCACUGAAGCGCUCCAACAUCAUGUUAACACUUGGUUUACGGGAUCAAGGUGUGCAGUAGUUGGUACAGGAGUACCUUUGAAUGUUCUAAAUUCCUUUGCAAGUUCAUUACAACUUCCAUCAGGAAAUCCAACUUCUUCUCCAUCUAAAUAUUGGGGUGGUGAAAUUCGUAAAGAACGUGAUUCACCUCUUGCUAGUGUGGCAAUUGCUGUUGAGAGUGCUGGAUUUGACAAAGACAAGGAAGCCCUGGCAUUUGCUGUUUUACAAUUAGCAGCUGGAAUCGGGCCUCAAGUUAAAUGGGGAAAUAGUGUAACUCCUCUUCAAAAAGCUGUUGGUUCUGCUGCAGAUGGUAAUCCAUUUGCAGUUGCGGCUUUCAAUGCUAGCUAUACUGAUUCUGGACUUUUUGGAGUCAUGAUAGAAGCUCCAUCUAGUAUUGCAGGAGCGGUAACGAAAGCUGCUUAUAAAUGGAUGGCGUCGCCAAACUUGACAGAUGCUGAUAUUAACAGAGGAAAAGUACAACUAAAAACCAUGAUUUUGGAUUCUGCUGACACGCAGAUGGGUCAAUUAGAAAAUCUUAUUGAACAGACUAUUUACAAAGGUCAUCCAGUGUCUCUCGCUGCUCUUGCUGCUGAAGUUGAUAAUAUUUCUGCUGCAGAUGUUAAGAAAGUAGCAGGAAAACUUAGCGGUAAACCUUCAAUGGCAGCGUUCGGUAAUCUUUCAACAGUUCCACAUGUGGAUCAAUUGAGUUAGAUCGUAGAAUCUAACAUUCCACCGUUGCUAGUAUCAAGAUAAUUAUUUAUAAUUUCUGAAUAUAAACAAAAAAAACUGAAACAUCAUUUAUGUGAUGUGAUGAACUUUACAUCCGAUUACUUAUUAUGUAAUUGUGUAUAUAUAAAAUAAAGAGUUAAAUAGUUAAAUUAA